AAUAAUCCCACACACUCUUUGUUUUCUCACAUUUUCCGACAAGAUGAAUAUUGUAGCCAAUCAAUCUUUUUUAAGCUUUGCUUCUAUUAUUUUAUUGCUGAGCUCCAUUGCCAUUGUGGGUGAAGCUCGUGAUCCUUUCAAUACCCUGAUGCCCCAAAAUUUUGCAGGUGGAAGGGUUUCUAAUAUCUUUGAUGUUGGCUUGUACCUUGGAGCAAUCAAAGAGGCGGGCCCGAGUAGUGGUGAGGGACAUAGGUUCACCGGUAGUCACACCAUCGGAGGCAUUAAGAACGGCGGCCCAAGCAUUGCUGAGGGACAAAAGUUACGUAAUGGUUUGGCUCUUGGAGGUUUAAAGGACUCCGGCCUGCGCCCUGGUGUAGGAAACAAGUUUACAGACGAAGGUCCGAGCCCUGGAGUAGGAAAUAAGUUAAUUGAUAGCCGAACUAUUGGUGGCAUCAAGGACUCCGGACCAAGCCCUGGAACGGGAAAUAAGUUUACCGACUCCGGACCAAGCCCUGGAACGGGAAAUAAGUUUACCGACUCCGGUCCAAGCCCUGGAACGGGAAAUAAGUUUACUGACUCCGGACCAAGCCCUGGAACGGGAAAUAAGUUUACUGACUCCGGUCCAAGCCCUGGAACGGGAAAUAGGUUUACCGACUCCGGCCCGAGCCCUGGUGUUGGAAACAAAUAAGUAUAUAGCUGGCACUCUUUCUAGUCAUUGGAGAUAACACUUAGAGAUGAAAAAGUUUCUUAAGGCUUAGACUAUUCCUGACAAAAAUUUCGUAAGAAGCUAAGGAAACAAGUUCACUUUUAGCCAAACAAUAAGAUUUUUUUAUACUAUAAAGUUCAUUUUUUAAAGUUUAUUAUAGAUUUGUAUUUAAUGUAUUCACGGUAUAUAAUUUCAUACAUUAUUAGUGAAUGAAAUAAAGUAAGAUAAAUUUAAUUUUAGAAUUUUUUUUAAUGAUGGUUUAAAGAUAAA